AUGGUGUUGAUUACCACAGGGUGCCCCCGCCCCACUGUUAUUAAUCAUUGUAAUUUCCAUUCCCUCCAAGGCCACUGGGACAUUCCGGACAUUCCGGAUGUCUCUCCGGGGUCUGGAGCCAGCCAGACCCCGGAGAACUUAGACCAAUUGAGACGAGACCCGCAGGGAUUCGCGGAUUACCUCGAGGGGAAAUUCCACGAGAGCAAAGCAGCAGCCAUGUCUGUAGAGUUCUGUUAUGAUUCAUUCUCCUUCUUUAUCAAAAUUCACCAGAUCCUUGAUCCUGUUCAGAUCGUCCUGGACACAUGUCCGCCCUUCUGUAUCCUUCCCACUAUCCGGGGCCCUGUCGGCUGGUCCGUCGAACGAAAUGUUCUUGCUAUCGUCGAAUGUCGACACGUUUUCCUCGAAAGUCGGGGUGUUGAUCAACUGCCAUUGGCAAUCUGA